CUCUUGAUACACUAGUGUCGACAGACAUAGAAGAAGUUAUAGUACAAGAAUCUCAGAUUACACCGGACAUUAAGGAUCAGCAGAACGUAACAAGUGUCGGUGACGCCCAGGACGUGUUGAAGAACAGACUGAUGGACAGACAGAAGCAGACGGAUGCUGCUGGCGGCAAUAAGUGGCGAAGAGCUGUGGCCAAGAAUUCUUACAGAAAGAUAUUUUCAAAACCAAAAGUUGCUAAACAUCCAGUUCCAAGUCCUAAAACAGUUGUUAAAGCUCCCAAGAUUUUGAAGAAACCUACCAGGCCUUUGUCAAAGCAGAAAUCAGUUGUUAACAAAGGAAAGAAAAAAGCAGUCCCAUCGGAAAGUCUUCCCAACCAGCAGUCAGAAUUAUUCAACGCACUGCUUCAGCCUCUGCCAGUUUCCCCUGCUGAUGAAUCAGAGAAAACACCUAUAGAGACUGAGCCCGAACCUCCACUAGUACCAGAGCCAACCACACAGGUUUCUGAAGACAUCACGGUCAAAAGGGUGAGCAGAUCCCCGAUCAAGAAACGUGAACGAGUGGUCACAUACCAGAAACCUGUCCGGGAUGCCACGCCCAGCACAGAACCCACAGUGCCGGAGACGGGUUCUAAGAAAGCGUCUGACUGGAUAUUUAACAGUGAUGACGAGACUGGAGAAACAGAUACAGGACGUGACAAGUCGUGUUCAGUAUCAGCAUGUCAACCGCAUCUUCCAUCUGUGGCCGAUCUCCCCACAGCAUCGACUCCAGCGGAGAAGCUCGUGCGAGCGAAACGUCGACUGACGGCUUUAAACCUGAAACCUGCUGACAACAAGAAACAGUGGGGUCCACGGAAACGCGACACGUCCUACCUGGACGAGCUGAGAAAACAAGAGCUGGCCGAAGAACGGCGACUACGUCAACAGCAGAUGUAUGAGAGACUACACAGCAAGAAACGCAUCAAAGACACAGAUGAGGAGGACGAUGACCUGGGGCCAAACUUCGAUGAUUAUAGUUUUCUUGCAAAGUACUGUAUAUUCAAUCGAAGUAAUCUAGAAAUGUACCGACAUGCUUUCAAUGCUGUAGAUGACGCAGACUCUGGUCAUUUGUCAGGUCCAGAUGCCAUGCUGGCUCUACGAGUAAUCAACAACAAGCUGACCACUUCCGAAGAGCAAUACAUUUACAGGAUACUGGAGCUGGUUGGCUACAAGAUCACAGAUGGAGCAGAUUUUAAACUGUUCUCGGUUUUAGCAGCUUUGUCACAGAGAAUCUCAUCUCUAGACAACUGGAUGAAGAAUUUCAUUGGGCAGGUUGACUUUGGAAUAUUAGAGAUGAAGACAUUUAUGUGCAAGACACUAUGGGAAUGCAAUGUAGAUGAAGAAACCAACAAGAUUCCUCUACCACAACUACUCAUAGACCUGCGGGCAGGUGGAGUCAGUUUCCAGCACGAGUGUGAAAUUCGAGACAAACUCAGCCACCUCAGUGCUUUAGAUCUCCUGGAUUUUCUGACAUACGUUCCGUUGUUUAUAAUGAUCCACGAGUCGGUGGUAGAUAAUCCACUGGACGACAGCCGAGAUAAGUGACACGACCAUGUGUGCACAAAUGUAGUAGCUGGACCUUUUGCCGACUGACAUUUCACGCACAAACUGUUGUGCUUUAUCCUAACUAGGAUGCGUGCUACACAACCGAUAAUAUUUAUCUCCUAAUCCUGAUAUAAUUUUGUCACUCGUGUCGUGCGAUUUAAAAAGAAACCAUUUCUUUUGGUACCAUGUCACAUGCUCGACUAAAUUAAUUUGUCGUGCUGUGCAUUUGCAGUUAGGAUACCGCAAUUGAAGUCAAUAGUUUUUAAAACAAUUUGCUUGCUUCGCUCACGUCCAAUUUGGAUACACCUUUUGGAUUAAUGUUAUGGUAAGGGUCAUACUGUGUUCAUUAAAAGUCAUCAAUAUGAUAUUUUCCAAUUCACAAGUUUGGAAUAUUCACAAGUUUGGCGAAAUAAUCUGUGAACACAGCUUGUGAAUUGGAGUAGGAUUUUCUGUCUCAGUCCUCACAACUUGUGGGAAAAAAAAUAACGGAACAAAGACAAAUCAUUCGUGCAGUUAUGAGUUGGUGUGUUUGAGAUUGGAAUGAAUGAAGGAAAUGUUUUACUUAAGGACGCACUCAACACAUUUUAUUUACGGUUAUAUGGUUACGGAUCACACAGAUAUUCAGAGAGGAAACCCGCUUUUGCCAUUUCAUGUGCUACU